AUGGAUAACAAGAGCCUAUUUGAUGUUAAGGGCAAAGUUGCUCUCGUGACCGGUGGCGCCAAAGGCAUCGGCCGCAUGAUCUCAGAAGGCCUCGUCGCCAACGGUGCCAAAGUCUACAUUUCCAGCCGAGACGAGAAAGCCUGCAAACAAGCCGUUGAAGAACUAAAUGCCAUCCCUGGUGGUGGUUCGGCACACUACAUCACCGCCGACUUUUACAAACUAGAAGCGGUUCAACAGCUUGCAGACGAAUUAAAGAAGAAGGAGACAAAACUUCACAUUCUCGUCAACAACAGCGGUAGCAAUUGGGGCGAAACAUUCGAUAGCUAUCCCGACAAUGCCUGGGUUCGAGUCAUGACCUUGAAUGUACAGCGUGUAUUCAGCAUUACCCAAUUAGUCACCCCACUCCUCGAAGCCGCCGCCGAACCACUCAACCCAGCUCGUAUCAUCAACAUUGGAAGCGUUGACGGUAUCAGAACACCAAAUCUGGAGACAUAUGCCUACUCCGCUAGCAAAGCCGCUCUUCACCAUAUGUCCGAGGUCCUAGCCCAUCACCUCGGCCAGCGAAACAUCACCUCCAACACCAUUGCAUGCGGUCCUUUCCAAUCGAAAAUGAUGGCUGCCACACUAAAGAAAUUCCAAAAGGAUAUCGAAGCCUCAAUUCCACUAUCCAGAAUAGGAACCCCAGAGGAUGUUGCCGGAACCGUUCUAUUCUUGAGUAGUAGAGCGGGGUCUUAUGUCAAUGGUGCCACAAUAACAUUAGAUGGAGGAAGUGUCGCUUCGGCGAAAUUGUAA